UUAAAAAGCGACGUCUCUUCGAAACAUUUAGUUUAUGAUUAUUUCCUUGAAGCGAUGAAUGUCAGAUUUAACAUAUGAUACAGUGAUUUGUGAAAUAAAUUUCCUUUACUGCGGACAUAUUAUUCUCUACCGUGCUUUUGUCGUUUAUUAAACGAAAAGUAAGAUCUCCAAGCUGUUAAACAUGGAUGAAAGCUUGAUCAAAGAAAUACACUAUUUGACACGUUUAAUUGAAAGUCAUAAGAAAAAAUCAUUGAAUAAAUUGUGUUGCGUGACAAAGCCUGUUAUGAAUGAAAAUCUAAAUUUUGCGAGAUCGGAAAAAUGUGCGAGUAUAAUGCAGAAAACUCAGUCGUUGAUUAAACCCUUUAAUGAUUACUCGUGCAGUGAAUUGGCAAGCACCAACGUUUAUAUUAAUCCGAAUUUCAAACCUCAGAAUUCCGCGAUAUAUAUCAAUCCGAAAUUACAUGUGAAAUCUUUGGUGCACGUCAACCCAAAAAUGAUGAGGAAUAUCGUUAAGUCCACCGACAAUGUCCAAAGUAAUUCUGUAAACAUAGUGAAUACAAGUACAAAACAAAAUCCAACGCCGAAUCAAAUGAUCGUUCAAAAGUCUGUGUACGUUAAUCCGAAAUUGAUAAAAAAAUUGUCUCACUCUGUUCAAUCGAAACCAACGGAGCACAAAGAAGUGGUUGUACCAAAUGUAACUCAACCCGUUUGUUCGAGAUUGAAACUUGUAAAAAGUACAGUCUCCCCGAAAGCCAGUCCCAAUCAAAAGAAAACGAACAAUUCCAACAUUCUAAUUCUAUCGAGAAGGAAACUCGUACGCGUUAGACGAAGCACUCGGAAAUCGUUGAACAAUUCCCAGGUAGAACUUCGUAAAGUGAGAAGAUCUACUAAUUUGGUACUUGGGAAUAGUAGAUCAAUACCUCAGAAAAUUGUGAAAACGAAAGUAAUAAACACUUCACAACAGUCGCUUAGUAAAGAAGUCACCGUUGUAAAAUCGCCAAUCGUGAAAUCUAAGAUAAACAAGUAUAGAAUAGAUCGAACUAGUCGGAAGAUCGGAAGUAUCAGAGAGCCAGCAAAAAAAACUGUGAAUAAUAAAGUAGAGUUAAUUACGAUAGGAGGCAUUGUCUACAAAUCUUCGAAAAAUCAGCUAGUUCGUAGAAGUUAUAGCGCCAAGAAGAAACGAUUGUCGAACGUAAAGGCAGAUAAGUUUAUUGUAGCUACCAAUGGAAAGAAAUUAUGUAGAGUGAAAUCUGCAAAGGAAACGUCAGGAAACACGAGCGUGAGAACAUCGAGUGUGGCAAGUGGAAACAGAUACUCAGCCAAUGUAUUACAAAAGAUAAAUUACAAAAAUAACAUCAGCAAUAAAGUCAAACAGAAAAGUAUCCAAAUAUUGCGUAAUAAAAUGCAGAAAAAUAAUCACCCGUGUUUGAUAUUCCAAAAAUUCGGAUACUGUUCAAAUCACGCGAAAGGAGUUUGCGUGAAACGUCAUGACAGAAAGCAGGUUUCCCUCUGUAAAAAAUUCCUUCAAGGGACUUGUUUAUCGGACAACUGUCCGUUGUCCCACGAUGUAGGUCCAGAAAAAAUGCCGACUUGCAAGUAUUUCUUGGAAGGUUGUUGCACGCGAGACGCUUGCCCUUAUCGCCACAUCAAGGUCUCUUCCAGUACUCCGAUUUGCAUAGAUUUCUUACAGGGAUAUUGUGCUAAAGGUAGUGAGUGUAAGCAACGUCAUGAGAAUCUGUGCCCCGAGUUCGAUAAGACAAACAAGUGCAGUAAAGGUAAGCAUUGUCCAUAUCCACACAAGACACAAUUGACUCCCAACAAACAGAGCCACUUGAAAAGAAAGUACAACACAUCUAGCAAUCGUGCCGUGUCGUCUGUUCCCAAAGAUACUUUUACUUCCAAUACCGAAAGUAAACUUAGAUAUUACGAACAAGCAGACACCUUGAAUAAAUCGCUUGAUAAGAAACGAGAGAAUAUCAUGAAAAAAAUGAAGCUUAUGAGGAAAGUAGAAUCUCUAGGUAAUUCUAAUACGCCAAUUGAAAUAUCGGAUAGUAGUACAAAUUCGGAUAUAAGCGGAGACAGUGAUGAAUCGGAAACUGUGUCCAGUCGACAAGUAUUAAAACGACCUCCAAUUGGUGUUCUACCUGCUUAUAUACCUAUCGAUUAACAUCUUUUCAAAUGAUCCUUGACAUAUUUCGACUUGUUACUUUUGAUUCAAUUCGACAAAACAAUUCACGUUCUGAUCGAUGAUGAAGUCGCAAAGUAAUUAAGUAAGUUUGUAACAAAUUAAACAAUUACGUUUUAUGACAGUGUAACUCGAAGCUGAACUACGUGUAUCUGAAAGUAUUUUAUCUACACACAAAUUACAAUAAUUUUAUUCGGAACAACAACGGAUUUGAAAUGAUAUGAACGAAAUUAUUUUGUACGUAAGAGAUAUUCUAAACAAGAUAUUUACAUAAUACUGAUAAAAAUGUUUUAUAAACCCCUUAUUCGUUACACAGAUGUGUACAUAUGUAUAAUACAUGAAUAUACAAUUUAUUUACAUAUAUUUUAUGAAACGAACGUUGAAAUUAACAUGAUUAUAAGAAACAACUUGUACACACUUGAAACACGAUACACGAUACUUAAACUUUGUAUUGUUACCAUUCUUACACAUCUUUUUACAAUAAAGAGAAAAUAUAUUAA